GGUUAGUUGAAAAAAGCGAGCAAUAAAAUAAAGAUUUGCCUAAUGGAAGUACCGACAAUGGUGGGUUGAAGGUAUCUGUAUUCCUUGAAUGUAAAUCAGUGCUUCUCUCUGGAGCUUUACGAUUACGUUUCAAAGAUGAUGCAUGCCAAGUCUGAUUCAGAUGUUACAAGUUUAGCCCCUUCUUCGCCUUCAAGGCCAGUUUACUAUGUACAGAGCCCUUCGCGGGAUUCUCAUGAUGGGGACAAAUCCUCGUCGAUGCAGGCGACUCCCGUGUACAACAGUCCAAUGGAGUCGCCCUCCCAUCCAUCUUAUGGACGCCACUCUAGGGCUUCUUCUGCGAGUCGAUUCUCUGGGACAUUUAGGUCUUCUUCGGGACGGAAGGCUAACCGGAAAAGAAACGAUAAGGGUUGGCCUGAGUGCAAUGUGAUCCAAGAAGAGGGGUCUUACGAUGAUCUAUAUGGAGGAUACUCUCGGCGUUGCCAGGCAUUGAUUGCUCUCUUAGGCUUCGUUAUGCUUUUUACAGUGUUUUCCCUAAUCAUCUGGGGUGCAAGCCGGCCUUACAGAGCAGAGAUUGUCGCAAAGAGCCUAGCAGUAAGUAAUUUCUAUUUUGGGGAGGGAUCAGACAUGACUGGUGUCCCGACUAAGAUGCUGACGGUGAAUUGUUCCUUGAAGAUGAGUGUAUACAAUCCUGCUACAUUUUUUGGCAUUCAUGUUAGUUCUAGCCCUGUGGAUCUCAUCUAUUCAGAGAUGACAGUUGCAACUGGCCAGUUAAAGAAGUAUUAUCAACCUAGAAAGAGCCACCGCAUAGUAUCUGUGACAUUGGAAGGAAGUAAGGUUCCUCUGUAUGGAGCAGGGGCAAGCUUAGCAGUCUCCGACAGUAAUGGUAAAGUUCCAUUGAGGUUGGAGUUUGAAAUCCGAUCACGAGGGUAUGUAGUAGGAAAGCUGGUGAAGACAAAGCACCGAAGGCACAUCUCUUGCCCCGUCGUCAUUGAUUCGAGUAAGACCAAACCCAUUAAGUUCAAACAGGAUUCAUGCACGUAUGACUGAAGUUCACUUCAUUGUGGCCUUGUGGGAUCAGGCAUGUUGUUCUAUUGGUAAUACUUUGUGUAGCAACCUUUGGAACUGUGGGUUCAGUGUUAGCCCUAGUUUUCUCUAAGGGAGUUUCUGUUGUCUAAAUUUCAGUAGUGUCUGUAUGGAGUGUAAGAAAGUGAAUUGUUCUAUUGUAAGCUAUUUUGUAAUAAGUUGAUGUAUACUAUGAUAUCUGAGGAAA